CCCGUUCGGUCUAUAGGUAAUAACCAUUUAAGAAAUGGUACCUACAUAUACAGUUGUUCGGUCCCUCAGAAACUCUAUCUGCAAGGCCCGCCUAGGCCCGAUGAAUAUAGCUGUAACGGAGUGUUUAUUAAUCUCAAAAAAAAGCCGCAAUACCAUUUCUCACUUUGAACAACAUUCUGAAUCAACCUCCAAUUACUUCUCUACCCCCUUCGUACAAUCAAUAUGCCCUUCUCCAAAUUUGGGGAACAUUGCAAGGCGCAAGAGCUCGAAGACGAAAACACUGAAUUCGUCGCCUGACUAGCUACAAACUGCAAUCGCACUCGAAAUCCAACGGUGUGUACGAAGGUCGUACUUCGAUUUGUGACUGCAAUCCGACUACAAACUGCAAUCGCACUUCGCACUCGAAACCCAGCAGGUCGAUCGUUGUCGAUCCGGUGUGAAAGUUACUGUAAUCAUUCCCAGAAGAUAUGAAUAUUGUUGGGAACAAUUCUGUUGGCAAGAAUCGUGCUAAGAAAGUUGACAAGUAUGUGAUGCAUACACUGGAAGACAUAACUCAAAAAUUUCUUGUUUCACGCAUGGCUGUACUACACCUCAUCUUAAAUCGUCUUCGCUAAUCGAAAAGAAGAAAGCUACAAACAGUGCUCCCAUAUAGUAUUCUAAAUAGGAUUCCAAGACAAAUUGACCACCUAAACCGGCUUGUUGGAGUUUCAGAUACAGAUUGCCUCGUAAAUUUUAGGAUGGACCGUAAUGCGUUCGGGCGGCUUUGUCGAUUGUUUCGAGAGUUGCGUGUUUUGCGUGACAGACGGUUCGUUUGUAUUGAAGAACAGGUUGCUAUAUUCCUAGGUGUAUUAGCGCAUCAUAAGAAGAACCGAAUUGUCCGUUUUGAUUUUUUGAGGUCAGGGGAUACUGUUUCACGGUACGUGCACGAGGUAAUGGAGACCGUAUUGAAAAUGCAUUCUAUGUUCGUUGUGAAACCCGAACCAAUCAAAGAAGGUUGCGUUGAUUGGCGGUGGAAACAUUUUAAGGGGUGUUUGGGAGCUCUUGAUGGAACUUACAUCAAUGUACAAGUCCGAAACGAACACAAGCCCAAGUUUCGGAAUAGGAAGGGGCAGAUCACGACUAAUACUUUAGCUGCGUGUGAUCGAUACAUGCGUUUUACAUAUGUGUUGCCUGGUUGGGAAGGUUCAGCGGGUGAUGCUCGUAUUUUAAGGGACGCAGUGAAUCGACCAUAUGGACUGAAGGUACCUAUAGGUAACUAUUAUCUUUGCGACAACGGUUAUGCAAAUAGUGAAGGGUUUCUUACACCGUAUAGGGGAGUUCGUUACCAUUUGAAGGAAUGGGGCCCCGAUGCCGACAAACCACAAAAUGCAAUCGAGUUAUUCAACAUGCGUCACACGAAAGCCCGAAAUGUUAUCGAGAGAGCCUUUGCUGUUCUCAAAAUGAGAUGGGGAAUACUCCGUAGCGCCUCGUACUACCCCAUCAAGGUGCAAAUACGAUUGAUUUUUUGUUGUUUUCUACUACAUAACUAUGUGAGGAGUGCGAUGUCGGUCGACCCACUUGAUGCGCUGAUCGACGGCGAGCCUGAAGCAGGUGGUAAUGAGGGUGACAAUUCGAACAUCGAAUAUGUAGACGUUGUUGAGGCCACUUCGGGAUGGAACAUGUAUAGAGAUGAUUUGGCCAACAUAAUGUGGUCAGAGGUGAGUAAAUAA